AUGAACCAUGAGCCACCGUCUCCCAAGAGGCGGCAUAUUCUCUCCUCCAUCAACCCGGAUCAGUCGUCGGAGAGUCACCAGAGAGAAAGGACACGGAUCUCUUCAUCAAAUGACGUCAAGCCAACACCCGAUGACGGUGACGAUGCGAACAUGGAUACAACAAAGCCUAGGCGAUCGCGGCUGAAGCUCAAGGGCGAGAGACGUCGUCGCCGCUCUCACGCCGCCUUCCGAGAAUCACUCUUUGAUGCCAUGGCUGAUGACGAAGGCGCCGCGUAUUGGGAGGGUGUCUAUGGCCAGCCCAUUCACGUAUACUCUGACGAAAAGGUCGGACCGGCAGGCGAGCUCGAAAAAAUGACAGAGGAGGAAUACGCGGCCUAUGUCCGGCAAAAGAUGUGGGAGAAGACCAACGCUGGCCUCCUAGAGGAGAGGGAACGGCGUGCAGAAGAGCGCAAGAAGAGAAAGGAAGAGGAGCGGCAGAACCAAAAGCUACAUGAGGAAAUGGACCGCAGCCGACGCCGAGCAGAAGAACGACGUCUCAGACGGCGUUGGGUCGAUGGAUGGGACGCGUAUACGCAGGCCUGGUCCGCUUGGGAUGGGACUUUGGGCACACUCGCUUGGCCAGUGCUAAGUGGACAGCGAAAGGAUGUCAACGAAGAGGCUGUUCGCGAGUUCUUCAUUCACGGCAUAGGCUUGGAGGACAUUGGAGAGAAGGAGUUUGCUGCGAAGCUGAAAGACGAGCGAGUGCGAUGGCAUCCCGACAAAAUACAGCAAAAACUCGGCGUGCAGAGCGGCAGCGAUGUUAUCAAAGACGUAACCGCCAUUUUCCAAGUUGUUGAUAGGCUUUGG